CGGCCAUUUCGACUGAGCCGGCAGACCAGCCCAGAGUCGAGGCGAAGGAACAUUGCCCUGUGUCGAGGUUAAUCUGAAAUCGCCCGAAAAUGAGUAACGACACCAUGCUGAUGUCCUUCGCCAAGGACUUCUUGGCUGGAGGUAUUGCUGCUGCCAUCUCCAAAACAGCUGUUGCUCCCAUUGAGAGAGUGAAGCUGCUUCUUCAGGUGCAACAUGCAAGCAAACAGAUCACCGCGGACAUGCAGUACAAGGGAAUCGUGGACUGCAUAACCCGUAUCCCCAAGGAACAGGGCUUCCUGUCCUUCUGGAGAGGUAACCUUGCCAACGUCAUCAGAUACUUCCCCACUCAGGCCCUCAACUUUGCCUUCAAGGACAAGUACAAGAAGAUCUUCCUUGAUGGUGUUGACAAGCGCACCCAGUUCUGGAGAUACUUUGCCGGUAACCUGGCUUCUGGUGGUGCUGCUGGAGCCACUUCCCUGUGCUUCGUCUAUCCCCUCGACUUUGCCAGAACCCGUCUUGCCGCUGAUGUUGGUAAGGCCGGAGCUACAAGAGAGUUCAAUGGCUUGGCCGACUGCUUGGCGAAGGUCUUCAGGUCAGAUGGCCUGAAGGGUCUGUACCAGGGCUUCGGGGUCUCUGUUCAGGGCAUUAUCAUCUACAGAGCAGCCUACUUCGGCAUUUACGACACCGCUAAGGGUAUGCUGCCCGAUCCCAAGAACACUCACAUUGUGGUCAGUUGGGCAAUUGCUCAGACUGUAACCGCUGUUGCUGGUCUUACAUCCUAUCCCUUCGACACCGUUCGUCGUCGUAUGAUGAUGCAGUCUGGACGCAAAGGAGCUGAUAUCAUGUACACUGGCACAAUGGACUGCUGGAGGAAGAUUGCACGUGAUGAGGGCGGCAAGGCCUUCUUCAAGGGAGCUUGGUCCAAUGUUCUGCGAGGCAUGGGCGGUGCCUUCGUACUGGUCUUGUAUGAUGAGCUGAAGAAAGUCCUCUAAACCCUUUUCUAUGUCCACCAUAAAUGUUGUGAGGUGUCUGUAACAUAUCUUGUACAUUUGGAAGGACUGUCAAAUUCCGCCUUAUUUAUAGGGACCAACUAGUAUGUUUACUAGUUGUACUGGGGGAAUUGGUUUUUCUCUGUCAUUUUGGCCCCUUUUUUCUUUUCUGUUUGGUUCCCCAUUCACAUUGUCAUUCCCAGGAUUAAGCAACCACGCCGGGUACUCCAACCUUGUCAUCCAGCCGGUCUGUUUUUAGUCAUCACUUUAAUAAAGACAACCUACUGAACCUA